AUGGAUAGUAAAUUCCUUUCUCCAAGCGACUUUAUCUCCGGAACAUGUGCUGGCAUUGCCAGUGUUUCAGUUUGCGCUCCUUUAGAUACUGCAAGAACUCGCUUGCAAGUUCAAGGACUUUACAAUCCUCAGUAUCGAGGCCUUCUGUCAGCGGUUUAUACAAUUUAUCGCACUGAAGGAACUCGUGCUUUAUACCAAGGGCUAAAUGCUUCAAUAAUAGCAGCUCCUUUCACAUGGAGUAUUUAUUUCCCCUUAUAACGAUGACUCCCCUCAAUCUUCAUGUCUAUUGCAACAAAAAUUUUUCGAAAAUUUGUUGCAAUAGACAUGAAGAUUGGGGGGGUCAUUGUUACAAUGGUCUAAGAUCGUAUUUUAAUACAAAAAUUGAUAGCAAACUUUUGAGCAAUAUUUAUGGAGCCUCAAUCGCAGGACUUACAGCAACAAUAGUCAGUAACCCACUUUGGCUAGUCAGGGCAAGGAUGCAAGUAAACCCAGCCCAAUACCAAUCUGUUCUCCUUUCACUCAAGAACAUUGUACAAAAUGAAGGCUUUCUAGCUUUCUUCCAAGGAUGCAAUGCCUCAAUCUUCGGCAUAAUUCACGUCACCGUCCAAUUCCCACUCUAUGAGUAUAUUAAAGGACAAUUUUGUCAAGACGAGCUAUCUCCAACAGCAAUAGAAAUGCUUUACUGUACCUCAAUCCCCAAAAUCAUGGCAAGCUUAUUUUCCUACCCACAUGAAGUUAUGAGGUCAAGAUUGUACCUCCACAACAAAAAAGAAGAAAAAAGAUUCCAAGGGCUCUGGAGUUUAAUUAAAUAUACUGCACAAGCAGAAGGUCUGAAAGGAUUUUAUGCAGGAUUUUUUGGAAACUUGGUGAGAAUCCUCCCAUCGACUUUUAUCACCCUUUACACUUAUGAAAAAGUGGCAUGCCUUUUCAAGGCAUAA